UUCAACCAGUGAAUCACCACUCAAUUGCUUAAUCAAGUCGAUACUCAUGACAAUCUUGUUGCGUAGGUGUAGCCCAUAUAAAACGACAAGCCACCCACCACACCACCGCAACAAAAAUAUCCCAUCCUCUGUUCGUUUCGUUUGCUCCACUGGACAACAGAUCAGACUAUCGAUGUACAUCUACUCCGUCAGCUCCCACGGAAGAUUCUAGCUUGCAAACGUUUAACAAACAGAAACUCUUCCAUCUCUAAAAAGAAGCUCCACCGCUCACGUCCCACCUGUCCAACACAGUGACAAAAAGAAGAUAUUUUUUCUUUUGGAUUAGUACCGUAAUUUGGCCAGGUAUUAACCAUUUCUUUUUUAUAAUUAUCCCUCUGUUCGGUUCUGCUUUUGGGCGCUGUUUCCUUUAAAUUGGAGAAAAGGUUGAAGCUUUCUCUUUCUCAAUUUCGUCCCUUUCCUUCCUUCUCAUCUAGAACCCACCCUUGAAUCCGCGAGAGAAGAGAUGGGUAUUCUCGAUCACUUCUCCGAGCUCUGCGAUUCUGGCCCCUCCCAUGACAGCAAGAAGCUCAAGCGCAAGCAGCUACAGACGGUGGAGAUCAGGGUGAAGAUCGAUUGCGAAGGUUGCGAGAGGAAAGUGAGGAGGUCGGUGGAAGGGAUGAAAGGGGUGACCCAAGUGGAAGUGAAUCCCAAGCAGCACAAACUGACGGUAAUCGGGUAUGUGGAUCCCAACAAAGUCCUGCACCGCGUCCGCCACCGGACGGGCAAGAAGGCGGAUCUGUGGCCCUACGUCCCCUACGACGUCGUCGACCACCCGUACGCGCCUGGCUCCUACGACAAGAAGGCGCCGCCGGGUUAUGUCCGGAACGUGAUGUACGACCCCCACGCGUCGGCGCUGGCCCGGGCCACCUCCUUCGAGGUCAAGACCACUACCGCCUUCAGCGACGAGAAUCCCAACGCCUGCUCGGUCAUGUGAAGCCAAGGAUUGUUGGGUGCUGCUGUUUUGUUUUGUGUAUUUGGGCAAGUCUGUGUGGUGGUGAUAUGCAAGAGUAGUUGUGAUUGUGAAUGGAGGGUUUUGCUUUUGGUCUCUCUUCUUUUCCUGUGUUUCUUUUUCCUUUUUGGUUUUGGCUCCCGCUUGGUUAUUUGGUUCUUACUUUUAUGCUGGUUUGUUUUUGUAUUGUAAUUCGCUGUACAGAGAAACCUAAUUUUAGUUUAAUUUGUGCAUUCGUUGUGAUUGGGGUGUUGAAAGUUGCUGCUUAUUCUUUUUUAGGCCAUUCCUCUUUCUAAAACCAAUAUGAACGACGCAUUGUGCUGGACAUGUGACGAUAAUGGUAUCUAUACUGUUGAGAGCUGGAUAUUUUUUUGGAGCUUGACAGGUCGAUGGAUGAGGAAUCACAGAUUGAGUCCCUCUAAAUCUAGAAGCUGAUCAAGUGUGGAAGAAAAUAUGGAAACAAGUGUUACCAGGUUGGAAAAUCUUGCACAAUAUCCUCGCUGUUGGUGAAAGAAUCAGUAGGAAAAUCUAAACAGCAGGCGAGGAGUGUGUGAACUGUGGUAUGACUGAAUCUUUACAACACCUGCUUGUGGACUGUAUUUGGGCAGCUCGUAAAUGGAGACAGACGCCUGUGGCAAAAUACUUGUAUCUGAAGAGUGGGUUGCAAAGGUCGUGGAAGUGGCUUCUGAGAAUGAUUUGGGACGUGUUUGCGCUCAAGGGAAGAAAUAAUUCCCUGCAUAAUAAUCCUCUGAUGCAUGAUUGGAAAAUAUUCUCAAAAUUAGGGUAGUUCGGUUACCAGUUGCCGGUUAACCGACGGUUAAAACCGAUAACCGCUGAUUAUUGGAUAAUCGGUAACCGUCGGUUAUCUGAUCCGGUAACCAACGAACGAUGAUUAUUUGUUUUCGGUCGCUUGUCGGAGGGCAGGGGAGAGGGAAUGGUUAGCCGGUCCGAUGGUUAAACUGCAACCGACCAAAAUCCAACCAUAUUCCCAAUCAGAUGGGUUUAUCCACGACUUCUUCCAAGUUCAGGGGAAGGAAGAAAACAGCAGGAGCGUCCGGAACAAGAAUAGCAAAUGGAGCAACCCCCAAUUGGUACCCUCAAAGUUUACACGGAUGUAGGAUUCAAUUGUAGAGGUGAACUGGGGCUAGGAUUUGUUAUCUGUGACUAGAAUGGUAAGCUAGUCUUAGCAGAAGCGUCCAAAGAAGAUUAUGGCUGGUCUCCUGAAGUUGCUGAAGGGAAGACUAUGCUUUUUUGCUAAGAGCAAACAUAGAACUUUGGACUGGGAUCUCUCAUGGUGGAAUUGGACUGUAAGAGACUGAUUGAUUACCUCAAUAGCGAGGAGCAGGGAAGGACUGAACUUAGUAAUGUUUCCCAGGACAUCAGGCAUUGGGGAGAACAAUUAGGGAAGCAAACAAUAUUUGCUCAUAUAGUUCCACAUUUGUUCCUAGAAGGCCCCCCUAAGCUGUUUGUACCAGAUGAUAUUCUAGACUCUCAUUUCUGAUGUAAUUGCUAUUGAAGCUUCUCUUGAUCUUUAAUGAAAUAUUCACUAGUUG